CGUUGUAAAAUGAUACUAAGAAUGAAAUAUAUUAAAGAAUUAGUUGUCUUUUACGUGAACGCGCCUAACAUGGCAGCGCCCAUAGUCUUUCAAUUACACCUGUGGGAUUGAGCUUCAGACAAUGAGACAUCGACAUCAGGAUCCGAUGCGAACAGGAAUUAUCAUUUGAAUUUCCAUGUUGAAUACCUAUUGACAUCUUGGUGAACUUAAGUUCUGUCAUGGCUUCUUACACAUUUGGUCAACAUGUUAUCAAGUCUUCAGUUGUCUUCUUCCGAUCUCGACUCACCUUCGCCUUUGUUAAUAGAAAGCCUGUGCUUCCUGGUCAUGUUCUUGUGUCACCUGUGAGACCAGUAGAGAGGUUCCUUGAUAUGACUGGUGAUGAGGUCGCUGACCUCUUCCAGACCACACAGACAGUGUCAAAGGUCAUUCAGGAUCAAUACAAGGCAUCCUCACUGUCAAUAGCCAUGCAGGAUGGACCUGAUGCUGGACAGUCGGUAUGGCAUGUACAUGUUCAUAUACUUCCAAGAAAACAGGGAGACUUUAAGAGGAAUGAUGACAUUUAUGAUGAGGAUUGUCAUGUAUACAUGGUGUAUGAAUAUAGAAUGUAUCCAUGUUGGGGCCAGGUGAGUUGAAGAACAGAGAGCAGG